CGUGUGCUACAUUGUGGUCCAUUAACGUCACCGUCAGCUUCCCAAACAAGUAACGGAACCGGGCAGUGCCGGGUGGACGCCAGAAAGUUGUUUUGUCCUAAAGAAAGGAGUAAAUGUUGAGACUGGAGCUGAGUUCGUGGCUUUAGUGUUUGAGAAGAAGAAGAUUACUUCCUGUCCCGUAGACUAAACUUUAUUUUACGGUGCGUCAUGACUCCCAAACGGAGGCCGCCGCCGACUGACAGAGGAAAAGUUCUGCUCCGUUACCGUCCCUGAAACCAAGUGGAACUGAAUGGAGGCGCAGUAAUACGGUAAAUGAAGACAUGAAUUUCGGCGUCCCCGCGAACUCCUUGCUUCUCCUCCGUGCCUGCGAUGAGGGGGAUUACGAGACGGCCCGGGGCAUCCUGGAGCCCGGAGCCUCCAGGGAGUCCGGGCGGCAGAGCAGGCUGCGGUCCGAGGCGGGCUCGGAGUGCCCCGCCGCGGACAUAUUGUCUCUAGUGCCGGUGGACUGCACGGACGAGGAGGGCAACACCGGCCUGCAGUUCGCCUCGGCCAGCGGACACGAGAACCUGGUCCGAUUCCUGCUGCGGAAGGGGGCUUCGGUGGACAGCCGGAACAACUACGGCUGGACCCCGCUGAUGCAGGCUGCGAGGUUUGGUCACCUGACUGUUGCCCAUAUUCUCCUGGAGAACGGGGCAGAGAUUAACGGACGGAACCGGCUGGGUGCGAGCGUCCUCACUAUGGCAGCUCGUGGAGGACACACUCAUGUAGUGAAGCUACUUCUGGAGAGUAACGCCUUCGUCGAUGACUAUGAUCAUCUGGCUGUUGCUGCAGACGCCGUCUCCAACGGCAACAACAACAACAGCUGCAGUGCAGCUGGAUUUGGACCGGGGGAAGGCUGUCCAGGAGGAGGAGGCAGAGAGUUCAUGGACAUCACAGCCCUGAUGGUGGCGUCACAGCACGGGCACGAGGCCACCGUACGCCUGCUGCUAGAGUGGGGCUCAGAUGUGAACUUUUCACAGAAGACCACCGGCUGGGGACCACUGAUGAUAGCCACCCUCAGUGGGAAGGUGGCCGUGGCUCAGCAGCUGGUGGAGCGCGGAGCUGACCCAGACCGAAUCAACGUUCUGUCCAAAACGGCCUUUGAACUGUCCAUGCAGCUAAAACAGAGAGACAUCAAGGCCUAUCUGGACUGCAUCACCACCGUCAGACCCCAGACAGACGAUGAGAGGAGAAGGCCAGAUGUGUUCAGUGCGCUCAAGCUGGGAAAUUCACAGCUAGUCAAAGAGAUCCUGGAGGAGGAUCCUGCUCAGGUGAAUUCGUCCAAUCAGGAGGGAGCGUCACCUCUCAUGAUGGCAGCGGUGAGCGGUCAGCUGGAGGUGGUGCAGCUGAUGGUGGAGAAGAAUGCCGACAUAGACAAACAGGAUGGAGUCCAUGGGUGGACCGCUUUAAUGCAGGCCACCUACCACGGCAAUAAAGACAUUGUCAAGUACCUGUUGAGUCAAGGGGCUGACGUCAACCUUCGAGCUAAGAAUGGAUACACAGCCUUUGAUUUGGUGAUGCUGCUCAACGACCCAGACACGGAGCUGGUCCGUCUGUUAGCAUCAGUGUGUAUGCAAGUAGACAAAGACAAGUCCAAACAGCGUGGCAGAGCUUCAGUUACUCGCUCCAAAAGCCGACAGUCUCUCAGCAAUGUCCCUGUGCCGCCUGACGACAAGGGAGGCCUUAAGUCCUGGUGGAGUCGGAUGUCAAACCGCUUUCGGCGGCUGAAGUUGACGCACACACUGAGGCACGGGCUUUCAUCCAAUCGCCUCGCUCCAUUCCCUGAUGACGCAGAAACUUCGCUGGAUGCCACAAUGAAGGCGGAUAGGAAACCUGCUGCUGCGUCUAAUGGUGCCGUGGCACCAAGUCCUGCCCUGGGAGGGAAUGACAUGAGCACGGCCUGGGCGGUCAAGACCAAAGAUACUGGUCAUUGCAGAACAUCCUCAGAAAAGGAGGAUUUUCUAAUAACCACAAUGCUGAGAAGUGGUGCCCCUCUGACCCGUCUGCCAAAUGACAAACUAAAAGCAGUGAUUCCUCCUUUCUUGCCUCCGUCUAACUUUGAGUCGUGGAACUCGGACCGUUCACGUCUCCUCAGAGAGGGGAAGAGCGAAGUGCCCCGCCUGCCCAUGCCCCCACAGAGGAAGCUCAACAGCAGUGGAAACUCAGAUAUCACAUCCAUCAGUCGUGUGGUUAGCAGAUCCAUUAAGUUUCCCAGCAUCCCUAAGGGCCCCUCCUCGUCCUCUCCCUCCAACUCUGGUCACUACCACUCUCCCCACUCCUCCGGAGGCUCUAAUGGAGUAGCCGGACUCAACAGGGACUCUCACAACCGCUCAGGGGGCAGUGCAGACAGCGUUCUCUCCCAAAUAGCUGCCCAACGUAAAAGAGCAGCUGGCCUGAUAGAAGUGAAAGCUCAAGCCCCAGAGAAACAGCACAGCCAGACACAGAGCCAACCCCCACUGCCAAGUUCAGCACAUGUCCUGCAGCCGCCUGAUAUCAGCCUCCCUGACAUUCACUCCCACCCCAGCCUGGUCGCCUCUGACAUCCACUCCAGAAGGAAGUUGAAAAAUAGACCUCAGUCUGGGAAUUCCUCCACCUCCAAGAGCACAUCGCCAACGCUAACCCCCUCUCCUUCCCCAACGCCCAAGAUUCCUCCUGGACCGGGAGACUCUCUGUCCUCAGCUUCUUCUCAUCCACGAUCCAAGAGCAGCGGUGGCUCCAGCAGUGGAACCAUCACUGAUGAAGAUGAGCUGUCUAGUAUUUUGAAGAAACUGUCACUUGAGAAAUACCAGCCGAUAUUUGAAGAACAAGAGGUAGACAUGGAAGCGUUCCUGACCCUCACAGAUGGAGACUUGAUGGAGCUGGGCAUCAAAACAGACGGACCCAGACAGCAGAUCUUAGCCGCCAUAUCAGAGCUCAAUGCUGGAAAGGGCCGAGAGAGGCAGAUCCUCCAGGAGACCAUCCAUAACUUCCAGUCUUCCUUUGGCAGCAGCGCCAGCAACCCGAGGCAGCCAGGACAACCACGCUCUCCAACAAGUUGGAUGAGACACCAGGUUCGCUCCUCCAGCAAGAGGUAACCCAUCAGCCCUGAUGCCCACAAGGAAGUACACCAAGAGUAAAUUGCUGGUGAUCCCCUGCCAAGGUACGAAUAAUAAGGAGUCUUCUGGACGCCAGUGUCCCAGAUCACUAGCGGUCUUUGAGCAAGAGGACGCUGUAGUGAAAUGACUAAACAGGCCCUGAUAAACUGCCUUUAUGGGACUUGCCUGGACCGAGCUGCCUUUAAGUAUUCCUCUUAUGGAUUCCACAGGAGGAGAGAUGUGACAGAGCCGACUGAGAUCAGUGCCCUGCUGCUUUCAACAAAGCACAUGAUGUGUGGCAAAUGAUUUACUUUUUUGCCAUUAAUAAUGCAGUUGCCAAAUCUACUGCUAGUGCUGCCGAGAUGUUAGAGAGCUGGGAGCGCUGAAAGACGAGAGCAUCUCAGCCACAACAUUAAGACCACUUGCUUUACUUACUGCCACCAAAAUGACUGACCCGUUGGGAAACGGGGUGAAAUCUCCCGUGGAAUCACCUGGAUGUUGGAUCCUUUGGGACUUAUGGGUUGGGCCAAUCGGAUUGUAAUCUAGUAGGUUUAGAGGAUGGGCAAACGCCUUGGGCUCUUUGUUGUGUUUCUCAAGCUUUUCCUGAGCAGUUUUUGCAGUGUGGUGGGGCAUGUUGUUCUAUCCACUGUCAUCAGUGUGCUGCUGCCAAGGAAGGGUGCCGAACAGUUCAUUGUAACAAGUUGAUCAGUGUCAUUCACUUCAUCUGUCAGUGGUUUUAAUGUUGGUGCUGAUCAGUGCACACAGCAGAGGGAGUGAGUUUGAGCCAUGAGGGAUUUUUAUUUUAUCUCACUACAUGUGAGAGAUGCAGCAAAUGAAUUGUAAAAGAGGAAAGUUAAGUUCAAGAGAGAAGAAUAGAGAUUGUAAGUAUAUAACAGUAAAAGAGAAAUUAGUAGGAGACUGUGACAUGUUAAGGAAGAUGCAAUGACUGAGAAGGUGCACUGAUGAGGAGAGCAAAUGAAGAAAGGGAAUAGGACAUUAGCCAGACUUUUUUUAGUCAUCCAGUCUCUUGGACUGCUUUUACUAGUGUGUUUAUGUCUUGAAUUCACAAACCACUAUGUACACAGAUGAUUUUAGCAAAGCCUGUGCUGCCAUGAAUAAAUAAACAUUACGGUGAUGUAAUAACAAAAUGCUUUUUAAUAUCUUCUUGGACUUGGGAUGAGAAGACGUUGGCAGAAACGUUUUGGGAGCCUUUUAUGAGGAAUAUAAAUUUAGUUAAAAAGAGGUGCAUUGAGCAAUACUUUCCACUGAGCCUGUUCCAUGUUUUUUCCUCUGGCUCCACCAUUUAACAGUUGGUCUGCAUGGAGACAGAUGGAGUGCUAUAUCAUUCCUAAAUAUCAGGUCCUUACUUUAAUCCACGUCUUAAAUCCAGUCCAAUGAUGGGCUGUGGUGGUGUUCAGGAUUGGUCAGUUAAACAUGAGAUGACGCUGAUGUCACUUCCUGUUGAGUCACUGAGUCUGGGAAACAUGAGCAUCAUGAUGAACUGAAUCACUAUAUAAACAAAAUAAAACGUCUGUCCAAAAUUAAAAGCUGCAAAGUGAAAUAACUAUUCAGAGGUGAUUGGGUUUAAUAGUUGGAAACCAGCUCUCAGGUCCAGCUUUGCUUGUGUAAAAACUCUACAAGAAAACAAAUUAAAAUCCAUAAUGCAAAACCAUCUUCUUUCCACAAGAUGGCAGCGACCUCCUGUUGAUGCGGUAAAUUAUCAGCCGUACAGUACUCUAGAUCCUGUCUUCAGCUUUUUGACAGAGGGGUUUUGUUCAGCAUUUUAAACAUAGCUUGAGUGAAAUCUAAUUUUUUUUACCUGGUUACUGUUUACAUAUGGUGUUUUCGUUUUUAGGAACCAUGUUAAUGAGAUGAAAAGUCAACACCAUGGCUGAACAUUUACACCUUUAAAAUGUAACGGAUCUAAAGAGCCAAUCAUGCCAUUCUGCAGGGAGGAACGUUUCAUAUCAUAAUCCUUAAGAAUCAGAUUCCAAAAGUAACUUUCCAGUGUUUGAGCAGAGUUACAGGUGAGCUGGUGUGUUGAAGCUGCAGCGAUCAGUGGAGGGGUAGGUGAAGAAACGGGAGGGAACUUCAUAGAUCUGCACAAUCCAGAGGAAGCAACAGAGCUACAUCUAAGUCAUUUUAAGGCAGGAAGGGAUUAUUUUCAUGGGGAAAAAUGUAAAUAUGCAGCUAUGAUUUAAAAAACAUGCAAAGCUUCAAUCAAAAGCUUUUAGGGCUUUAAUCAAUGAGUGGAGAGGGAUUUAAAAGCUAGAGCGAAGCCUGUUCAUUUUGUUUUUGCCACUACAGUCUCACUUCACUCAGCUGCUCAUUGCAACUUUUUUUUUAUAGUGGCUAAUUGACAAUAUUGAGUCAGUUUGCUGAUUUGUUGAGGUUCAUUUAAGCUGAGCUAAGACACUAAAAGAGCUGAAAGAUUCAUUUCAGACAUGAUUCAAGAAAAGGAAAAAAAAACUUAAAUGAUGAUUUGAUGUAGUUUUUCUGCAAAAAGAACAGUAAGACUACAGUUUUCAAAUCUGUCAUGAGUUUUUUAUUUCCUAAAAACUCACAUCUGUGUAUCAAAGUUACAUGUUUAGAAGUUUUGUCUAUGUUAAUAAUCACUUCCUGCCUUGAAGUAGCUUAAAUGUAACUGUACACUGUUGCUUCUUCUAUAAUGUGCAGAUCUAUGCAGCCUCUCUCUCGACAUUCAUCCCUCCCCUUUCACAGCAGCUUGAGCACACCAGCUCAUCUAUGGCUCUUCGAAAACACUGUGAAACUAUUUUAGGCUACACAAUGGCAAAUUGUAAUAUGUCAAAUUCAACCACAUACACUACUGUGCCCUUUAUUCAUGUGCUAGCAUAACUGCACAAGGGUUUUCUACUCAUCAAUGAGCCUUUCAACACCAUUAGCUAACACAAUGUCGCAUUAGAACACAGGAGUGAUGGUUGCUGGAAAUGUUCCUCUGUACCCCUAUGGAGAUAUUCCAUUAAAAAUCAGACAUUUCCAGCUACAACAGUCAUUUACCACAUAAACAAUGUCUAGACUGGAUUUCUGAUUAAUGUUAUCGUCAUUGAAAAAAAUGCUUUUCUUUCAAAACUAAGAACAUUUCAAAAUGACCUCAAUCUUUUGAACAGUAAUGCAUGUUCAAAGCAGAAACCAAUUCUGAAGAAGAAUAAUGGUACAGAAAAUUUCACUAUGCAGCUUCAUAGGAUCGGUUCUGUGCUCAUGAUUUGUCCUCCAGCACAUAAAAAUCACCAUAUGAACAUCCAUCCAUCCUUUCUCUCUACACUGCUUAAUCCUCAUUAGGGUCGUGGAGGGGUUGGAGUCUAUCCCAGCUGAUUUAGGGUGAAGUGGAGGACACUCUGAACAGGUCACCAGUCUAUCACAGGGCGACAUAUACAGACAAUCACACUGAGAUUGACACCUAUGGCAAUUUAGAAUCAUCAAUUAACCUCAGCUUGUUUUUGGACUGUGGGAGGAAGCUGGAGUGCCCGGAGAAAACCCACGCAUGCACAGGGAGAACAUGCAAACUCCAUGCAGAAAGAUCCCCGAUUCAAGCUGGGGAUCUUCUAGCUGUGAGGCAACAGUGCUAACCACCGAGGCACUGUGCAGCCCACAGUAUGAACAACUUAAGAAAAAACAACUUGUUUUUCAUUGAAGGAGUCUUUUAAUAUACGGCAUAUUGUGUAUUAAAAGAUAAUCUGCUAUUUCACUCUUAUUGGAAAAAAUAAAGUCGACUUCCGGAUUCAA